UCCUUCUUAUACGCAGACCCUGGAACCAGUAAGGCGCACACACACACGCCGGCAGCCUGUCUCAGCUUCCGUACCGCUCUAGUUUCCGUACCUCCGACCCUCCCUGCAGCCUUCUGCCUUGGAUAUCAGCCCGCCUGCUGCGUGGAUCACCGCCAAAAUGUCGGACAAGCCAGACAUGACUGAGAUCGCCCGUUUCGACAAGACAAAGCUGAAGAAGACCGAGACGAAAGAGAAAAACCCCCUGCCCACCAAAGAGACCAUUGAGCAGGAGAGGAAAGGCGAUGCCACACCUUGACUUGAGCACAUGAAGAAAAGGAGCUGAGAUGCCACAGGAAUUAAGCACUUUCUUUUUGAUUAUCCCAGUAUUUGAAUUUCCUACAUUGUCUUCAGAAAAAGGGUGCUCUCUGAGUUCCCCUGGGGUGCUAAAAGGAUAUUUGGCAUCCUAACAUGUGGGGCUCUCUUAAAAAUCUGAAACACUUCAGCCUGGGUGCCCGUCUUGUGCUGUUAGCCUGUAGCUAGCAUGUCUCCAUUAUUGCCAAACUAGGAAGGGGUGAAGUGAUGUAGCACAGGGAGAGAAGCAAGGCAUCCAGGCUGGAACGUUGCAGGGGGUGGGGGUUGUCUGUGGACGCAAGGUCAACUGAAAUCAAUCCAUGUGGGCUUUUUUCUUAUCAAACUUUUUACUUUUCUUUAUGUAAUAAACAUGAAGACACGGAAA